AUGACAUGUUCCUUUUCUAUCCAGGAGGCUACGCCCUGCCCCUCCACAUCCCGCGAAGCCAGCCCUCUGAGGAACCACAGUUCUCCUUCUUCCGCAAGCCUCUCCUCACCUCUUCUGCAGAGCCGGGAGGCCAAAGAGCAGCUCGCCUUGAACCUCCCAAGUGGGGAGAGGGCUGGAGGCAGCCGGGGGUCAUCCACCCCUCUCCGGGAUAACCCCAACAACCUCAAUCUCCCACCGGCCUUCGGCCUGCCGCCCUGGAGGACGUGCUCUAGUCUGGGUGGUCACCUGGAGGAGGUAGAAGGACAGCAGCUGCCAGCUGAGCCUGACCCUCUGGAGAGGUUCACAUGCUUGGAUUGCCACAAGCCCUACAGCACUUUCUCCGGCCUGGCCCGGCACCGGCAGCAGGGCUGCAAGCCGCAAGCUGCAGCGACCACCAGGUUCUUCAGCUGCAAAUACUGCAACAAGGGGUACACCAGCUUGGGGGCUCUCAAGAUGCACAUCCGGACUCACACACUGCCCUGCGUGUGCAAGAUUUGUAGCAAAGCCUUUUCCCGGCCUUGGUUGCUGCAGGGACACAUCCGGACACACACAGGUGAGAAGCCCUAUUCCUGCUCCCACUGCAGCCGAGCCUUUGCUGACCGCUCCAAUCUCCGUGCUCAUCUGCAGACCCAUUCGGAGGUCAAGAGGUACCAGUGCUGCGCCUGCUUAAAGACCUUCUCCCGGAUGUCGCUGCUUUUGCGGCACAAGGAGGCCGCAUCCUGUGCCACAGCAUCCUGAGGCUGGCAGAGACAGAGAAGCUUUGGAUGAGUGAAGGCAGACCUGCAAUUUGGAGGCCGGCUGCAUCCUGCAGCAGGAGUCGGUGAUCUGACUGGGCCUACCUUUGCUCCAAAUAAAGCAGUAAAAGGAGUUGUGUCCUCAGAUGACUUUAAAUUCCUUCUGUGAAUUGCUCUUGGUGCGAUGGCAUCUUCUGGGCUCCAGGAUGGUUUCAUCACUUGAGCACCAGAGACCAUGUUCCCCAGCUGGCUUCCUUCCAGGCCCCAUGCUGGAGAGGUGCUCAGAAGCAUCAAUGCAUUCACUGUCUGCUUCGUUCUGCUAUUCUUGGCAUUAAACACUGCUCAUCUCCCACUUCUGGCCUGAAUUUUUUGUGGCUUUUCUGGAUGCUGAUGAAUCUCUGCCAUCGUGACAACUCCCUUGCCAGAGCACAUGGCAGGUCUGCCGGUUGCGCAGGAGGACAAGAUGGGGGGAGGGCUUCCUCCCUAACAAACUCGGAGAAAAGUGUUGCUUAGUAGGAUCUUCUCUGGUCAAGUCAAAUCCACUCCAGGGGGAGGGAGGCCAUUGACGGAGGGGGGGGGGGGGGGGGGGGGAAACCCACCAGGGUCUUCCCAAGAGGCUGAGUCUUCG